UAUAACGGUACCCUUACCAUUUGUUGUUCUACGAAGCUCUCACCUCAUCCCCUCCCAAAACCCCCCGCCAUCACACGAUCACCAGAAGAAGUUCACUGCAAUGGCGACGCUAAUGUCGGCCUCCAGAAUUCAACCCGCAGCGUGUGUUCUUUCCUCCUCGAUCAAGCGCCUGGGUUUCAAUUCCCUCCUUCGUUCCAAUUUCUCGGUUUCUCUUCCUCGCCAUUCCUCCUCCUGCUUCGCGCGCUCUGGAGGUUCACGAACGCUCUCUAUUUCCAUGUCCGUUACCCCUCUUGAAACCUGCGUCAAAGCCUCCACCACUGUGCCCAACAGCCUCGGCGACUGCCCUUUUUGCCAAAGGGUAUUACUGACCUUGGAGGAAAAGCAUCUACCUUAUGACCUAAAGUUGGUAGACCUGUCAAACAAGCCAGAAUGGUUCUUAAAGAUAAAUUCAGAGGGCAAAGUUCCUGUGAUUAAAUUUGAUGAGCAGUGGGUUGCAGAUUCAGAUGUUAUAACACAAACACUGGAAGAGAAGUACCCAAGUCCACCUUUGGCCACUCCUCCUGAUAAGUCUUCAGUAGGAUCAAAGAUUUUCUCCGCAUUUAUURCUUUUCUAAAGAGCAAGGAUCCUAGUGAUGGAACAGAACAAGCAUUACUUAGCGAGCUAAGUUCUUUCAAUGAUAACAUCAAAGAGAAUGGCCCUUUUAUCAAUGGGMAAGAUAUUUCUGCUGCAGACCUGUCACUUGGUCCGAAGUUGUACCAUCUAGAAAUUGCCUUGGGACACUACAAGAACUGGUCUGUUCCAGACAGCCUACCCUAUGUUCAGUCUUACAUGAAGAGCAUAUUCUCGAGAGAGUCGUUUGCAAAAACUCGUGCACUGCCUGAGGAUGUUAUUGCUGGUUGGCGUCCAAAGGUCUUGGGUUAAAAUCUUUUUGAGGCUGCUGAAUCGUUUGGCACGAGAUUCCGCUUCGCAGGCUCAUUAAGCUUUCCAACAAAUACCAAGCAAUGAGGUUUCUUUUUUCUUUUUCUUUUUCUUGUUUUACCUCCUGCUUCUAGUUCUACUCAAAGCUGUUAUAAAUAGGAAUUAUUGAGUAGUGAAGUAUGCUCAUGUCCAUUAUUACAUAUUGUAAAUUUAAUCUCUCUCUGAAAGGAGGUGGUCUAAAAUGGGUACGUACUCUGCCUUGUAAUCUGAGUUUAUAAAGCAAAUGGUCAACUUAGGAUUCCAUAUUGACUGUA